ACGACUUUACGAGAAGGAACAAAGAAGACAAGGAAGAAAAAGAGGACUGUAAAGUGGACGCUAUCAGUAACACGUGGCAGUGGCAGGACGGUAGCAGGACGUGGACAAGUGGAAGCGUCUACGCGAAUCGUCCAAGGAUAUCGUCCCCAACCGGCACGGAGCAACGACGCGUCGAGAGUACGUCGGGAAAGGUGGAGGAGUGUCGGUGCGGCAGCGUGUCGGUACCGGAAGAACCGGCGCCGAUACUAGCGGAAAACGGCGCGAGGCGGCCAUCAUUACACGCGAACAGCGUCGCCGCUCAUCGAGAGGAGAACAGCUGGUGGCCGGCCGAGCAGGGCGGAGGGGGUCACGCGAUAAGGGAGCGUGAUAAUAGCGCCGCGGUGGCGGGUGAGCUGGCUUGCCUCGCGGGAUACAUGGCGGGUUACCUGAAGGCGGCAGGCGCAACCUGCGCCUCGACCGGAAACCCUCAUCAAUACCACCCACACGGGCAUCCCGCCAUGGGGGUUGGCACCCAUCCGCAUCCGCAUUCUCACCCGCACCCGGGUACGCCGCAUCCCGGUCUGCCGUCGCCCUUUGCCCUCGCGACACACGGCCAUCCGCAUCCACAUCCGCUUGAGCAUGGACUGGCAUUUCCACAAGAAACAAAUCAGGAAAUUCCUUACACAUCAAGUCAACAAACGAAUCACGUCCAAUUUGGCCCAAUCAGCAUCAAACACAGGGUACCGAGAUACGAGUCGUACAACUACAUUCGCAACGGAGGAAUGAAUCAACGCAAACAACGUCGCGAGAGGACGACCUUCACCAGAGCUCAACUGGACGUGUUGGAGGGGCUAUUCACGAAAACGAGAUAUCCGGACAUCUUUAUGCGAGAGGAGGUUGCUCUUAAAAUCAACCUGCCAGAGUCGCGAGUCCAGGUUUGGUUCAAGAAUCGUCGAGCCAAAUGCAGACAGCAAAUGCAACAACAAUCGCAACAGCAUCAGCAGCAGCAACAACAGCAGACUCCUCCGUCAAAGAGUUCGCCGAGAACGAGUCAGAAUCACAGCAACAGCAGCACUGGUAGCAGGAUAUCGACGAGCUCUUCGACAACCCCGAGCAGACGAUCUUCCCCGGAUUCACCGGCGCAGGGCAGGGAGGCACCGGUAGCAGGAAACUCGCCCUUGUCGACGCCGCUUCUGUCGACGCAGUCGACGUAUCCGCGAGUCGGCGCGACACCGACCGGCGGCAGCGGUGCCAACAGCAACCUGACGACUCCGUCACCGCCGCUGACGCCGAGCUCCAACCAACUGCAACCGUCAUCCUAUCCGGCUGCGAUGAAUCAAAUUCAUCAUGGCGAGGCCUACGGUUUCACCUGGAGCUCGGCGGGGCCCGCGGUGAACCAUAGCCAGUACGCCGGCCAGGGCUACAACGCCUACGCCCAGGCACCAUACGCCAGCAGCGAUUACUAUCAGGCCCAGAUCCCCCACAUGCACCACAGCCCGCAGGCCAACUACCAUCAUCCGCAGUAUCAUCCCAAUAUGGCGCUCACCUCGUCUAUGUCGCACCUGUCUAUGUCGACCAGUCACCAUCUGAAUCCAGUAACCAGUCAGUCUCAGGCCGCUAGCAACGAUAUUGCGGCCGCCGCUGUUGCCGCCGCGUCGGGCGACGAGACGUCCGGUUACGUUUUGCCCGAGCAGAAGUACCCAUCGUUAGUAUAGCGGUCCGGCAGGUCCUCCGGGAUCUUCCAGCGGAACCAGGAGACCGCGAGCGUGUCCGGCUCCUCGAUGCCCUACCACUGGCGACUGAAUACGGCGAUCUGUCAUGAGAUCAACGGCAAUCUCGACUCCGAUGACAAUUGAUUGUGCGGAAAAGAAAGAGAGAAAAAGGAAGCUUCGCCAACGCGUCGAUAGACGCACUCCAGAUUCGAUGAGUAUGAUAAUUAAGAAUCGAAUAAUAUUUGAAUCGUUUUACACGAUGCUCUGCAUCCGGAAACGCAAUGAUAGAUGUUGGUUAAAUAUGUCAAUCAUCCACGCGUAUUUCGCUUAUACAGAGUUUUCGCAAUCAAACGUAUUCCAUGUAUGAACAUUAAUAUAAAGGCAGAAAUAAUUACAUGACAUCAAUCUCUCGAUUAUUUAUUGUCAACUGAUAGUUGACUCGCGCAAGAUGUUUGCCGUAUCUUAAACACGGUAUCAUAAAUGUUUUUUUAUACGUAGUAACUGCUAGCUGCAACGCUCAAUGCAGCAAGUCAGAUUAUUAUUAUCGGCUGCUCCAGAUCACAUAGCAAAUAAAUUGCUAUUUGCUUAUACUUUGCAUGGAGUUUUUCUCGAUAUCUCUGGUGUACGGGAAUAUCUCCCGAGGCAAACGAUCGUCGAAUGACAACAAAACCGCGAAUAAAGUCGUAAAUUAGAUAAUUAUUUGAUAAUUGCUACCAAUAAUUACCAGUAAUUGUCAAUAAUGUUUAAGUAUCGUAAACUAGAUUUUUUGUUUCACGUUUGUGAUGCGCUGUUUCGUGGUUUUGUCUCUUGGUAAUUGUUUGCCACUUUUCCUUUAUAUAUUUUAUUCUGAUGUACCUCCUUUCUAAAUUUUUUUUCUCUUUUUUUCACCAUUGAAUAAAUUAAUUACAUGUAUUCAAUAGCUGAUUUGAUUUUUACUUACGGACGUUUAAAAUGCUUUGAAAGUUUCAUUGCAUUUCUUUUUUUUAUUAUUAAUACAAUUAAAAUCGUAUAAUUACAUAAAUUAUAAUAGAGUAAAACAAAAAACAAGAAUUGCAUGAAUUACAAUAAUUCUCUUCCCGCUGUUUUUCUUUGUUAACGCUUCGGAGAAAAUGAAAAGAAGGUGAUAAGGUACAAUAUCAUCUUGCUUCAAAGCGUUAUUAUGUGAAAUAUCAAAAAAAUUUGUAAAUAAGGAUGGAAGUAAAAUACGAUCAAUCAUCAUCAUCAUUUGAUCAUGAAUCAUUUGUCGAUUUUUCGGAUUGACAUUGACUUUCUGAGGAAUAAUCCGCAAAACUUAGAAAAACAAUAAUAUAAAUGUAAAUAAUAUAAUUGAUACACGCGUAUUAAUAUGAUAUUAUUUUAAUUUAGCAUUAUUUUAAAUAGUAAUUUCAAAGCAUCUUUUAUAAAACAACAUAAGUAAAAUUGAAAACAAAAAAAGCACAUUCUUCAGCAUAUCCUUCUUAUGACAAUGAUACAUCUACAAAACGCAUUUACACGAUUUUUUUUAUGUACAUUCUUUUUAACAUAAAUUGUUUUUCGUAAUUAUUUUACAUGUAUAAAAGUAUCGAAAUAUGAUUAUUGAAAAAUCAAUAAUUUGCAAAAUAUUUUAUAUUUUUAUUCUGACAGAUAUUUUGUCAUAAAAUAUGAAAUAUUUCAUCAAGUACUUUUCGAUUAUCAUAUAUCUUACUUAUUUUUAUACAAAAUGAAAUUAAUUGGAAUUGAUGUACAAAGAUAUAAUAGCAUAAAAAAUGUAAUUGCACAUUGCAGGUGUAUCUGCAAAAUAGAAAUGUUAUCGAUUAUUUUCUCUAGAUGUAUUUCAUUGCACAUGGAAAGAAACUUUAUAUUAAUGAUGUUUAUUGUUAAUUAUCAUAUAAUUCAUUAAUUUUUUUAUAAUUCUUUUCUAUCUUCAACUGAUAAUCGAAAUCAUAUUAUCAGAAAAAAUAUUGCUGGUAUGAAUAGCCUGUUAUUCGUCUUGUAUAAGAAGAUAUGUAGAAUGUUCCGAUAAAUGAGAAAUAAUACAUUUUGUUUUAUUAUUGAAUUAUUAUUUGUUAGAUAAAUUUUUUGGAAAAGCGAAAAUAUGGAUCUUCCCUUUUAACCACGAUUUUAAAUUUCUGAAAGGGUACGUUUUAUGUUUGAUAAUCACAUUGAUAUAUCAAACAUUAUUUUAUUUUGAUUUCGUUUUUUUAAUUAUUAAUAACAAAGUAUAUAAAUAUUCUCAUCAUUGAUAUGUAAAUAUCAUUGACUGGCACAAAAGUAAUCUUCGAUUUUUUCUCUUUUUUUAUUUUCUGAUUAUGAUAUUGCUAAAUCCAUUUUUACUCCAUGUUUUUUGAAACAUCCUCUCGGGUAAAAAAAAUCAGAGCCAAACAUACAAUACAUUUAAACUAUAUUUUUAAAAUAUUAAAGCCAUUCUCUAAUAAAUAAUCGUAUUAAUAUUCAUAUACAAAUAUUUUUUUAUAAUAUUUCAGCGACAUUCUUCAACAAAAGACUUCAAAAAUUUAUUAUAUUAUACUAUAAUAUUAGUAAUAAUAAGAAAAACAUUCACGCGUCGUUACAAUUUUAAAAAUUGAAUACAGGCAAUCGGCAAAACAUUAAUUCGCAAUGAUCGAAAAGUGAUUUUUAGCAAAUUGCAUAUUUCCAAGUUUUGCGUGACUCGUCCGUUUUCAUAUUUUCGUUACAAAUCCGUCGAAAAUGAAAUACAUAUUAGCAAUUCAUAUUUAUGAUAUAAAUGUUGGAUUUAAGUUGUGAAUGCUGGAUUUAAAUGUCUGAAUUCAAAUUUUAUUUAAAUAAUGAAUACUUUAAACAAAUAUUUUAUAUAUUUGAAGACGAUAAGUGUAUUUUUAUCAAUAGAUGUGAAUUUUGAAUGUAAAACUUAAUAAUCGACUGAUGUCAGUCUAUCGGAAGAUCGUAUUUUAUUUCAAAGAAGAAAAAAUGAUAUUGAAAAAAGAUAAGAGAGAGGGUUUUCCUUUGUAAAUUAGAGCGAAUGAAUAUCUUUCAAAUUCUCCAUAAGAAGCCUGUACCAGAAUUUGUUUUAAGAUCUAAUCUAUAUGAUAUCCCUUGUAUUUUCAAGGUUAAAAGACGAGUACUCAUCACUGCCGUCUUUAUCAUUGGUAUUAUCUUUAUUAUUACGAUUAACAUUGUAUAGAUAAUUAUCCAUAUCAAACACGGUCAGUAGCCGGAAGACUUGUAAAUAGAGAAGAAAAUAUGAUCUCGUAAAUAAGAGAGAGAGAGAGAAAGAGAAGAGAAAUAAAAACAGAUUCGGAGUUCUAUUAAAAAAUGACGAAUACUGAAUAACUUCCGAGUAUAAAGUGAGAAUUGCCUCGUCAGAGAGAAUCUUGUUAUAUAGUCGUUCCUUUUUAUGGUACUCUUUGUCUGCUCGAGGGACGUAAACUUCGUAAAAGUUUGCGCCGCGCUUUUUUCAGGCAGAAACUUAAUUAUCGUAAUAUUUUUUCUGAAGAGAGAGAGAGAGAGAGAGAGAGUGAGAGAGAGAGAGAGUGAGAAAGAGAGAAAGAGAAAAGUAUAUACGCGAGAAAAUGCCUACUUAAUCUCAUGAGUGUAUAUUUCGUGUAUACUACCUAAUGUAUAUUAUCCCUUAAAGCUUAGAGGAUAUAUAAUUAAAGAAUAAAUAUAUCAUUAAGAUUAAAAAAAAAUGAUAGGAAGAUGAUAAAAUACCGUAAUAGAUAUUAUGAUGCACGUAGACCUAAGCUACUUUGUAAUAAUACGAUGCAAAUGUGUACAUAAAACGUAUAUAUCUCUUGUAAGAUACAUGAUUGUUCUAUCAUGUGCGAAGAGGAUCUUCC